AUGGCAACCAUUUACGUUAUUGUAAUAUCGGAGCUUGGAGAUAAAACUUUCUUCAUUGCUGCCAUACUCUCCAUUCACCAUCCUCGUCUGGUGGUGUAUCUAGGGGCCAUGUUCGCUCUGACUACCAUGACUGUCCUUUCAGGUAGUGAUUGACCUUGUUUACCCUACCCACCUAGCUCUUCUUGGGUAUGCUACGGAAAUCCUCCCGAGAGUAUACACAUUUUAUCUCUCCGGGGCCCUCUUUAUUAUAUUUGGGGCCAAAAUGCUGUAUGAUGGUCUGCACUUUUACUCACAAUCAUCGUUUUAGCAUACUCAAUGUCUCCUGGCGAUGCGAACGAGGAGUACCAAGAGGUUGAACAGCAAAUUGGGAGUGCUGACGUCAACUUAGGGUCGUCGAGCCAUGUUCGUAUACGCGCCUUGUUGCGAAAGGUUCUGUCGCCCAUUUUCGCAGAGGCUUUUUUGAUGACUUUCUUGGCCGAGUGGGGUGAUCGGUCCCAAUUAACUACUAUUGUGCUGGCUGCACGCGAGGUGCGUUUUCGUAAACUGUUGGCUGUGGCUACUGAAUACUUAUUUGUUUGUUUGGGACAAUUUUAUGGGUUAUUUUUGCACUUCUGAAAGCAAUGCCAGUAGGGCGUUCAGUGGAAAUCGGGGCACACGACCUUUACACAUAAGCCUUACGUGUCCUUUGCUGGGUAGUGCAGUAUCGUAAAUUUUGUACAUCGCGAUUUGCUUAACUUCACACACUUUAGUCGUUCUGACAACUACGCCCAAUAGAGCUCUGUUUAGUCGCCCCGUCAGUCAUUCAAUUGUGCUCUCUAGGUGUUAAUUGUGAACGACACAUGACUUUUUAGCUCUUCAGUGAGCUGGUUCAUUCCUCCCCAUCUCUUCUGUCUUUACGGGGAGGAUGGACUUGAUGACGUUGGAACUUUUAUUAUUGGUAGCUUCGAUGUACAGUGGCAGUCUGCAAGUAACCUAAAAGUAGAUAAAGCCAUAACUAAGUACGGGUUCUCGCGGCUUUCGUAUUUACUCUGAAUUGCUCAGUCCGUUGGGCCUUAAGGCCAACGCUACCAAUAACGAAACUUGUAUGUUGGCAUCUGGUCGCGGGUGUUAUUAUAUGCAUUGAAAAAUAAUGAGAGAUCGAACUAACCUUUUCCUUGACAUUGCUUUCUUGCGUUUUAUCAUCAAGAUGUGGUCUGUGCUUUAAUCUGCAGACAGUUAUCGGGGUAAAAUAUUCAAAUGGAAGUAGCUCUGAACCAGAAGCGUCCAUUGUAGAGAGUAAGCAGCCACGCGAGGUCCUCGUUCUCAAUUUCUUCAUGUGAACCGUUGAUGACUUACAGUCAUCAAAGCUUUUUUAUGCUGGAGCCGAUUACUGCAAUCUUUUACCAUUAAAGACUGUCGCCAGUCCGGAUGACUGAAAAGUCUGUGUUCGGUUCUUCUCCUGAUCCCUGGCUAGCUUUUGAUCAUUUACGAGCGCGUCAUUUUUCGCUAGAUUGGGACCAAACAAAACAGAAAGCUGCCAUGCUUUUCUUUUUCUGAAAGUUGCAACUUUAACUAUGAUUAGUACUUUCUUCCAAAAGUCUUACUAAAACUACCUACCUGCAGUUCAAAAUUAUCCUGUUUUGCACCGAUUAAGACAUAGUACAUUGUAGUAAUUACAACUACUUUGUUAACUUAAGACUUGAAAUCUCAUUCUUCUCAAACAGUCUGCUUUGUUCCAUAUUCAUCCAUCAGAAUGUUCUCGGAGUCAUCACUGGUGGAAUUCUUGGACAUGGUAUUUGCACGGGCCUGGCCGUUUUAGCGGGAAGAGUGGUAGCUCAAAAAAUUUCCGUCAAGUGGCGUAAGUUAAUAGUCUUUUUUGGAAACCCUUCUAAUCAGAUCUCUUAUUACAAGUACGCUUAUCCUUUUGGUUCCCUAGUCUAA